AUGGGCUGUAACAUGUGCCUGGUGCGGGAGCCCGAGGAGCAAUACAAGGUCAUGCUGCAGGAGGUGGAAUUGUACAAAUCGAGCCACCGGGACAAGCUGGGGCUGACGGUUUGUUACCGGACGGACGACGAGGACGACGUGGGAAUCUAUGUCGGAGAGGUGAAUCCCAACAGCAUCGCUGCCAAGGACGGGCGCAUCCGAGAGGGCGACCGCAUCAUCCAGAUUAACGGGGUGCAGGUCCAGGACCGCGAGGAAGCUGUCGCCAUCCUGACCCAGGAGCAACAAACGAACAUCUCGCUGCUGCUGGCCAGGCCUGAGACCGAGCUCUCCAGGCGCUGGAAGGACCGCGACCGCGAGGAUUUCCUGGAUGCCUUCGGCUCCGACCAUGAGGGUGAAAUGAGACCCCGAGCGACCCCCGGGCAGCAGCCUGCCGUGGGCCCCGAGCCACCCAGCACCGGGCCCCCGCUCCCCCCGCUGACCCGCAGCCAGGAGCUGGACAGUGGGGUGGGCCGGACGGACGAGAGCACCCGGAACGAGGAGAGCUCGGAGCACGACCUGCUCGGGGACGAGCCCCCCAGCUCGGCCGGCACCCCGGCCCCCCGGCGCCGCCCGGCCCCACUGCCGGCCCGGGACUUCCCCUUCGGCCUGGACUCGCUGGCGCUGGCGGGCGGCGAGGGGCCGGGGCUGACGGACGCCGAGUUCGAGCGCUACCAGGAGCUGCUGGAGCUGCGGGGGCACCUGGCCAGCGGGACCGGCCCCGGCGCGCUGCCCCCCGGGGCGCUGCCCCCCGGCCUGGACCUCAACCGCAACCGCGUGGCCCUGCUGGAGGAGGAGCUGCGGCACCUGCAGUUCAAAUGCCGCAACAUCCUGCGGGCGCAGAAGCUGCAGCGGCUGCGGGAGCGCUGCCUGCAGGCCUGGCUGCUGGAGGAGGGGGGGGGGCCGGCGCCGGCGGGCGAGGGGCCCCCCCCGGCCCCGCUGGCCGACAUCACCGAGGUGCCCGAGCGCUCGGAGAAGGACAGCACCAGCGCCUACAACACGGGCGAGAGCUGCCGCAGCUCCCCGCUGCGGCCGAGCCCCGGGCCCCCCCCCAAGCCGGGCCGGCUGCGGCGCCCCCGCGAGGAGUGGAAGGGGCGGGCGCGGGGCCGCCCGGGCCGGGACCGGCUGCUCAAGGCGCGGGCGCUGAAGAUCCGGGAGGAGCGCAGCGGCAUGACCACGGACGACGACGCCGUCAGCGAGAUGAAGAUGGGCCGGUACUGGAGCAAGGAGGAGCGGAAGCAGCAGCUGCUGCGGGCCCGGGAGCAGCGCCGGCGCCGCGAGCUCAUGCUGCAGAGCCGGCUGGACUGGCAGGGCCCCGACCAGCUCAGCAUCCUGGCGCUGAGCCACCGCAAGAGCCUCCGCAAGCGCAGCCGCCGCAUCCUGGACAAUUGGAUGACGAUCCAGGAGAUGCUGGCGCACGGCGCCCGCUCGGCCGACGGGCACCGGCUCUACAACCCGCUGCUGUCCGUCACCACCGUCUGAGCCCCCCCGCCGGGACUCGGGGUGCCCCCAC